UAAAGAGAUUUUCCUGCCGUCAGUCUCUUUCGGUUUUCAGUAAGGGGUGUGUUCGUGAGGAGAUUGUUUCCCGGGAAGGAAACUCGUGCGCGGUGUGUGAGGCAGAUAAAGAGCGAAGAGAAACACUGUAAACGUCGCCCACUAAAAUAAUAACAAUAUAGAAAAAUACCGGCCUCUUUUCGAGCGGAAUUGGAGUUAAAUUUAAGUAUAAAGGACUACGACACGAGACCAACGGCAACGGUAUCCACAGCACUUCCCUCUUGACAAGUAACAGAGCGUAGUUUGCAGCUUUCCACCAUGGCGACAAAUAAUGGUUACCCAAUUGACCUCCAACCACAGAAAAAUUCAAUGAAUCCCGCGCCUCCUUAUAACCAGGGACCAGCCAUGCCAGGCCAGGGUCAAGUUCCCGUGAUGCCAGUUCCACAAAGACCCGCUGGCUGCCCUCCAGGACUGGAGUACCUGACCCAGAUUGAUCAACUUCUUGUACAUCAGAAAGUUGAGCUGGCAGAAGUGAUAUUGGGCUGGGAGACCAAUAAUAAGUACACAGUGACGAACAGUAUGGGGCAACAGGUGUUCUUUGUGGCUGAGGAGAACGACUGCUGUAAUAGACAGUUCUGUGGGCCGCUGCGUUCGUUCGUCCUCCACGUUCAGGAUAACAUGGGACAGGAAGUGAUGACACUCACUCGUCCUUUGAAGUGCGGAAGCUGCUGUUUUCCCUGCUGCCUGCAAGAGCUUGAAAUCCAGUCUCCACCUGGCAACCCGAUUGGAUACGUGAUCCAGAAUUGGCAUCCUUUCGUUCCCAAGUAUACCGUCCAGAAUGAGAAAAAGGAAGCCGUUCUGAAGAUCGUGGGGCCGUUCUGUUCAUGCAGAUGUUGCGCUGAUGUGAACUUUGAUGUUUUGUCUGUGGACGAAUCAACAAAGGUUGGCCGAAUCGCUAAACAAUGGACAGGUCUGGUGAGGGAAGCUUUCACCGAUGCAGACAAUUUUGGAAUCUCCUUUCCUAUGGAUCUGGACGUGAAGAUCAAAGCUGCUCUUUUCGGAGCGUGUUUUCUUAUAGACUUCAUGUUCUUCGAACACAAUAAAUAAUUUAUUUUCUGGAUGUCAUUGUUUCAGCAUUUCGAACGUAUGAACUCCUCCUCAGCUCUCAACAUGUUAACCGUGGAUUCAAAUGUGGAUCACUCAGCUAAAUUUUAUAUUAUAUCAUACAUAUUAUUAUGUGCAGGUGUAUUCUUUCACUACUGUUCCUGAGCCACCACUAGGUGACAGCAGUUCCCUUUAUCAUAAUGUUGACAUACUCUUUGUAUUACCAAAGUACCUGCUCUAAAAGCUUCGCCAAAAACGAAAUGCAAACUAUUAAAAUUAUUUUUUUAGUACAAUAUAAGCAAAAUGUUAACCGCUUAAUUUUGCCCAAUUUGUUUGUGUGCUUAUAAUAAACUGUAGAAUAAAGUGUUAUACAUCAA